AUGGGUGCGGUGUCUCCCGCCCUGCGAUUAGCCGCGUCGCGAUUAAGACCGUUCAGCCGCCAGAUCAGUCUCGCCGUCGCGUUCCCGUUCAUCUGGAUGCUCGUCUCCUCCAUCACGCGCAACAACCUCGCCGGGAGCGAGCCGUUUGUUGAUUUGAUUCGAUAUAAGGCAGUGCCUAUAACGGGGAUAAAGAUCCCUGUGACGAUCGUCAACGACACAUUCGGAGGCUUAGCGGUGUGUCUGGACGGCACACCGCCCGGAUUCCACUUUCAGGCAGGGUCAGGCGAGGGAGCUGACAAGUGGGUCAUCUUUCUCGAGGGUGGCGCCUGGUGUGAUUCAGUCAACGAUUGCUACAACCGAUCGCUCACCAAGCUAGGAUCGUCCAAUCACAUGCAGCCAUACUCGUUCAUUGGCAUUCUCUCUCCCAACCCUGCGAUCAACCCUGAGUUCUUCAGUUGGAACCGUGUGGUGGUGCGCUACUGCGACGGCGCUUCGUUCUCUGGCAACAAGAGCUACCGCAUCAAAGUACCGGGGACCAACACGUUCAUCUUCUUCCGAGGCAAGCACAUCAUGCCGGCCAUUGUGAGCCAUCUCCUGCAGCACCACAACCUGCGGGCGGCAUCGCACGUCCUAUUCGGGGGAGGCUCAGCCGGUGCGCUGGCAGCCUUCCUGCACUGUGAUUGGUUCGCCAGAACAAUGCUGGAGGUGUCUCAACAACCAAACUCCUCCCUCUCUGCUUCUGCUCCUGCUGCUGAUGGCGCUACUGGUGGUACUGCUGGUGCUCCUGCUACUGCUGCUGCUGCUGCUUCUGCAUCCUCCCCAUCCUCCUCCUCCCCGCCACCCCCGGUGGUGAAGUGCAUGGGCGACGGGGGUGUGUUUCUGGACACCAAGGACGUGGGAGGGCAGCACGAGAUGAGGAAGCGCUUCUCAGCCGUCGUCAGGCUACAGAACGUGUCGGUGCACGAGGGUUGUUUUGAUCGACUCACAAAUCGCACAGCGGAGCGAUGGAAGUGUUUCUUUCCCGAGUAUUUCCUCCCGCUGCUGCACACCCCUCUCUUCAUCGGCAACACCCUCUAUGACUCCUGGCAGAUGAACUAUUCGUUUGCCAUCCCAGCGUCCUUCAAAUCCCAGCACUGGGACGAGUGCCGGUUGGCAUUGGUGGAUUGCCCCGGACAGCUUCUUCGGAAAUUCCACACCUACCGAGCCGAAAUGGGGAGCAGGCAGGGCAAGGGUGGGGCAGCGGCAGUAGAUGGUUGCAGUGGUGGCUACCUGGUGGGGGAGGGGCAACAGGGGGGAAAGGGGGAAAGGGCGGCCUUAUCUCAGUGA